ACCCGAACAGCAAGAACAGCAGCAAAUAAAAAAUGGAAAUGGAGAUUCAACAGCUAUGCUAUUGACUGCCACUCCUUUGACAUGUACAACAACCAUAUCCAACACUCUUUCGUCUUCACCAACAAAAUUAUCGCAGAUAUCAUUACCGUCUAAUCCGAAUAAAAUUCCAAUGCAAAUAAAUACUGAUACGCAAAAGGCUUUAGAACAUCUACGAGAAUUAGCUAGUAAUCCAUCAGCUUUAGAACGGAUUCAAACAUUAGCGAAUAAUCCAAAUUUCAUUCAAGAAAUCAAGAAAAUCGCAAAUCAGUCGUUUAUUGAUCAGUUGAGGACAUUACCGCCUUUCACUCCAGCUAAUUUACAACAACAGCAGAAUGAACAACAGAAUAUUAGGAUUACAAGUGAAUCUGAGCAGUAUAACACCGUUGAAACUACUCCAUAUGUCGAACAACAACAAGAACAAAAUUCUGUUAUGGAUUCUAAUUUAAUGUCUUCAGAUAUUGUUCUGCAAUCAAAACAUUUCAAUAAUUUAUAUCCGUUACCAGUUGGAAAUGAUGAAUUCGAUUCUUCGACUCUAUAUCAACCGAUUAUGACGACAAGCGGUCCUUCUAUACUUGCUCAAGAUCCGUCAUGUCAUUUAAAUGUAGCAGUCGAUGACACAGCUUAUUUUCCUUCAACGAAUGAUCAAAAUCCCGUUCCUCGAUGUUCAUGCGAAGAUGGACAUCACCAUCAUAUUCAGACAUUCUCACCACCAUCUCCUACAGUCUCGCAGCAGCACUAUCUACAGCCACAACUUUUUCAACAACAAAUUUCACCGAAUCAGCAAAAUUAUCAUCAUCCGAUUCUCGAUUGCGCCGAUCUAGAACUAGCCAGUGUUACUUCAAAAAUGGAGCAACUGCAGCAGCACUGUUGUGGUGAAUGUCCUCCGUCAUCUGAGCUGACCACUCAACCACCACAGCCACCACCAACAUCAUCAACAAGUUUAAGACUAGGCAAUCGUAUUGAUGUUGAUUGUGAAACAGAGAGUAAUCAUGAUACAGCACUAACGUUGGCGUGUGCCGGAGGCCAUGAAGAACUCGUCUUACUGUUAUUACAACGUGGCGCCAAUAUCGAACACCGUGAUAAAAAAGGUUUUACACCACUAAUACUAGCAGCUACGGCUGGUCACUCAUCAAUCGUUGCCAUUUUGCUUGAUAAUGGUGCAAAUAUAGAAGCUCAGUCUGAGCGAACAAAAGAUACAGCUUUAUCAUUAGCAUGUAGUGGUGGUAGACAAGAUGUUGUGGAAGUUUUAUUGAAAAAAGCUGCCAAUCGUGAACACCGAAAUGUUUCAGAUUAUACACCAUUAAGUUUAGCAGCAUCGGGAGGCUAUGUAAAUAUAAUUAAACUGUUACUAAGUUAUGGUGCGGAAAUUAAUUCGAGAACCGGAAGUAAACUUGGCAUUUCACCAUUAAUGUUAGCGUCGAUGAAUGGUCAUGUUGCUGCCGUUAAACUUUUACUCGAUAUGGGUUCAGAUAUUAACGCUCAAAUAGAAACAAAUCGCAAUACUGCAUUAACAUUGGCUUGUUUUCAAGGACGAGCAGAAGUAGUUUCUUUAUUAGUUGAUCGUAAAGCUAAUAUUGAACAUCGUGCUAAAACGGGUUUGACACCACUUAUGGAAUCAGCAUCUGGAGGUUAUGUGGAUGUUGGCCGAGUCUUAUUAGAACGUGGUGCCGAUGUUAACGCUCCACCCGUUCCGACGUCAAAAGAUACAGCAUUGACUAUUGCUGCUGAUAAAGGUCAUAAUAAAUUUGUUGAACUAUUGUUAUUGUAUGGGGCAACGAUUGAUGUACGAAAUAAAAAAGGAGCAACACCACUUUGGUUGGCAUGCAAUGGUGGUCAUUUAGAAGUUGUACAAUUAUUAGUAUCACGUUUUGCUAAUCCAGACAGUGAAGAUUCAAGAAAAGUAUCGUGUUUAAUGGCUGCAUUUCGAAAAGGACAUAUUAAAGUUGUUAAAUACAUGGUUAAACAAGUCAGACAAUUUCCAUCUGAUGCUGAUUGUAGAAGAUUAAUAACUACUAUUACUGAUAAAGAUUUAUUGAAAAAAUGUCAAAAUUGUAUGGAUCAAAUAAUAACAGCAAAAGAACGUCAAGCUCAAGAAGCAAAUAAAGCAGCAAAUAAUUUAUUAAAAGAAAUUGAUUUGGAAAAAUCACGUGAGGAAUGUCGAAAAUUAGCAGCAGCUAAAAAACGAGAAAAACGAAAAAUGAAAAAAAAAGAAAAACAACAGCCACCCGUCGCCACCACAACUGCAAUAAACGCUAUGACAAAUGAUGUUGUAACACCAGCGCAAGAAACAGACAACACGAUCGAACUGAAACAACAAAAGGAUGAUAUCACCUCAUCUUCUUUGAUGGUUGAUGAUGAUCUAAGAAUUAAAAUGAAAAUGACUGCGGUCGAAAAUAUAACUUCUUCUCCUGUAUUGACAACAGUAAUUUCUCAAUUAUCUCCCAUCGUUGAACAAUCAUCUAAAAAGAAACGUAUAUUAACACAAUCAAGCAGUGGACUAUCAUCAACAGUAGAACAAACACCGGAAGUUUCGACAUCAGCUACAAUGGUAGCUGCGAACAAUGAUAAUAAUAAAAAGAAGAAAAAAGCACUGCCGAAUAAUCUUUCAUUAAGUAGAAAAUUCGAACGUUUAGCAUUUACAAAAGAAAAAUCCUUAGUGGUUAAUAAUAAUCCACAGCCGAUAAUUAAUGAACAAGUACCACAAUCAGUACCAAAACAACAAUCGACUAAACAGAAACAACAAAAGUCAACUGAAUUAUCUGCGCCUAUUGCUGCACCAACAGAACAAAUAGAUUCAGUUGAAUCAACCUCAACUACUGUGGAAAGUAUGACACCAUUUCUUCCAAACCCAUUGGUCAACGUAAAACUACAGAUCGAUGCAACAAAACAAACACUGAAAUCACAGCAAACAAUGCAAAUUCUGACUUCCACCACGAACACGACCACAACACCAACAAUAACAAUGGGCGAAGAUGGAUGGCAAGAAGUCAUUGGUAAACAGAAGAAGGUCACUAUUCCACAUGAACAAUAUUCAAGAGUUAUUGGACGUAGUGGUUGUAAUUUGAACGUGUUAAGAGAAGUAACAGGAGCCUCUAUCGAUGUUGAAAACAAAAGAGCUGUUGGAGAUAAAAUAAUUGUAGUUAAAGGCAAUGGUGAUUCAAUCAAACAUGCAUACCAGUUGAUAAUGGCACUAUUGAAAAAUUCCGAAUCAGAACUGAUGAGUUUGCUACCAAAUACCGCUAAAACGACUCGUGGAAACACAUCUUCAGCAAAUACGACAAAUUCAAACACAACAAUUGCCUCAACUACUGAUUCGUCGUCGCUGAUUACAGAUAAUUCACAUGAUUUGAAUAUUUCUACCAAUAAAACACAACGGGCACGAACGACAAGUCUUGCUGUAAAUACGAACGUUGGACCAAGAUUCCAAAAUAAUUCAUCAACUGAAUCAAAUUUAAUCACUAAUAGUACAACACUCAUAACUACUACCAAAUCUGUUACGACUGCUCCAACGUCAACAAAAAGUUCAAAGACGACAUCCUCUCGUUCAACGUCGUCGUCAUCAAAGGCUCCUUCGGCUAUUGGAGCCACAUGGAUCAAUUCGAAUAGAUCAAAUCGUGCUAAUCGGGGUGAAAAUGCUAUAACCUCAUCAGGAAGUGCAUGGAAUACUACGAAUGCUUCAAAAUCAUCGUCAUCAGUAUCCAGUCAUUUCCCCGCAUCAAAAUCAUCGUUUAAUUCUUCUGGAAAUACUUCUACGUCUUCUAUGCCAUCGUCAGCAGUUCCUACUUCAUCCUAUUACUAUAAUUAUUCAAAUUCCUACCACAAUCAACCUUAUCACUAUAGCAAUACAAAACAAUACUCAUCAUCAUCUACAACAACCAAUAGUAAUAAAAUUUAUCCCGGUCAACAACAACAGAAAGAAGUUCCAAGUACAUCGUCUUCUUCAUUAUCGAGCUCUUCUUCAUCUGAGCAUUGUUAUUCGACCAAUAGUGCCUCUUUACCAACGGCUACAACCAUAGUGUCAACAAUGACAACAGCAUCUAUGAAAACUGUAGCAUCAGAGCCAGCUCAACCUGGUUUAACCACUUCUUAUCGUUUACAAGUAACAAGUCAACCGGCUUCUGUAGAUAUAUCAGCAACACCAUUACUCGCUAUUUCUACUACGACAUCGACACCUACAACACCAAUCAAUACAUUGACACAGAUACCAAAAUCACCCGGUGACUACAAUCCUUUCGGCACGAAUAUUUUGACGACUGUUGUUGAUGCAUUCACAAGAAAAGAAUUACGCUCAAAUAAUAAUGACCAAGACAAGACGGCAGGAAUUGUAUCGAAUGUUCCAAAAAUGAAUUUUGCUAAUGCUGCUAAAAUGGGUGUCAUCACAACUACUGCUCAAUCAUCACAAUCAAAACAAACAAUAACAAAUUUGUCUCUUACAUCUAAACAACAACAGCAGCAGAAUGAACAAGUAACAAUUAAUGUCGACGUUAUUGAUCCACCUUCACCGCCACCUCCCGAUCCAAAAAUCGCUCCAGGCUAUCGUCCACCAAGCACAAAUACAACACCUAGUCAUCAGCAUAUACAAUCAUUGACAGCGAGCAUUAAUAGUCAUAUUGGGGACAGUAUAUCACCAACAAUCAGUCGUGCACCUGGUUCUAAUCGUGGUUUGCAUUCUCAACAAGUCUCUCCUUCAAUAAAUUCAAUAAAGCCAACGUCUAUCGAUGAUCGUUCAUACCAUCCACAUUUACAAGUUCAACAACCACAUAUCUUAACUGUGAAUGGCGGUAGCUGCAUUGCAAAUUUAUCAUCAUCUUCAUCUACGUCUUCCUCACCUUCAUCCACUAAAACUGGGUCAAACGAUCCAACAGUACUCGUAGCAAAUAAUCAAAUACCAUCUUAUCCAAUUGUUUUACCGUCACACAUACAACAACAACAACAAUCGAAUAUAUUCACAUCAUUAGACAAUAAUAACAAUCAACAUAAAUCAUUUGGCCCAAUUGGUUCUCAACGACCACCUGAAAUGCCUUCUGUUUUGAAUGAAAAUUUGUUAAAACUUGCUGCCACUUGUGAACAACCACGUCAAACAAAAUUAUAUAGAACAUCAUCAGCAAAUAAUAAUCCACCACAGUCGUUCUCAAAUAUGAUGAAUUAUACACAAAAUAAUUUGUCAUCGAGAAGUAGAAGCAGUUUAAAUCCAAACGCUCCAGAUUUUCGUACACGUCCAAUGGGAUCAUAUCCGAAUAAAUUUCAAUCAAAUGAACCAAUGUCUGUCAAUAUCAUGUCAAUAGCCAAAAUGGUUGAAGAGAGACAAAAACUGUUACAACAGCAACAACAACAAAAUGGAACACCUUCACCAACAACAAUACACCAAUAUGUUCCAUCUCAACCGUUUAUCACAGCUCCAACAGGAACAUUUGUACAACCAGUUAUAGCACCUCCUCUUGGACAACACCUAGAUAGUGAAUCAACGGCUGCAAUUCAACAGCAAUUACAAAAUUUCUAUCGUAUUCAGCAACAGCAACAACAGCAAACAAUCACGUCGCAACCACCACAACUUCCACCUCAAUCUCAGUGGUCUCCAUCUUUAUUUCAAAUAGCAAAUACACUCGCGGCCAAUGGUCAGUUACCCGCUGAUACAAAUACGGCUGCUGCUUUAGUAGUUGCUUAUUACUAUUCAAAUUAUUUGUCUCGAACAAAUCAAAAUAUCAAUAUGUACGAUACACAACAACAACAACAGCAACAACAUAUGCCGAUGAUGAAUGAUACUCUAAAUAAAACAGAUGCAAUAAAUGCAACAUACCAUAGUCAAGAUGUUAAUUUUAGACCUUCAGCAGAUCCAACUAUAACCGACUCAACAACAGCAGCAUUUAAAAUAUAUGCUGCUAAUGGCGGCAGUCAGAAUCUAUAUUCAGUUCCUCCUUCGUCAUCAUCAAUGAAUGGUCUAUCAGAUAAUAAUAAUCUUAUCGUUAUUUCAUCUAAUGCAAAUAGUACAAAUGUAACACCAACAAAAAAUAUGCAACAAUCAUCAUCGAUCACAUCAUCUUCAUCCAGUGCGUCAUCUCAUACCGCGUCAACCAGUGGAUCAGGUGAUAAUAAUAGUAAAAUAGUGCCGGCUGCUAUUGGAAGUGAAAGAAAACGAACAACAAAUGUUAUGGAUGCUAAAAGACCAACUACGUCUAUUGGUGGUAGUGGUGAUUGGUCUACAAAACUUGAUAUUGAUCCAAAUGUUCACCAAGCAUCCGCAUCUUUUAAUAGUAAUAAAUCAGUAUCAUCAUCCUCAUCAUCAACAUCCUCGAAUUAUAUUACCAAUAAUAUCGAACAUUCACCCUAUAUGUCACAUAAUGGUCAGUCAACAAAGGAAUAUCAAAGAGAUUAUAAUCAGCGAUAA